GAGCAAUUGACCUGCAGGCUCUAAUUCCGCCGGCUGAUAUCCGACCGCCGGCUCCUAUGCAAGGAUACUGAAAAGCCCUCCCUACAGACUCUGCAAGAUUGCGAUUACGACAAAUCACUCACGCCGCGUGGCCUCCUCUCCGAUCAGCGACCCCGAGUAUAUGUCGCCGCACUGAAUGUCGCAACACUGAAGCUUCGGACCAACACACGAACUAGGCUGGGACAUUGCGGCGGCGAGGCGAUGGUAUUCGCGUGGAGGCCUCGAUGAGCUCCCCAACCGGCGAGGACGAUGCCAGUGCCUUUCACCCAGCCAACCCAAAUCAUGGCAUCGCUUUCGAUCGCAUCAAGGACAGGCUGAUGGAAAGCGCUGACGGAAGCAGUGGGAGCGAUGCAGGAUCAUUCAGCAGAACACGGUCGCCCGAUUUGUUUCCUCUGGAGAGCGGACAGGCCACUCCUGUGCCGCAAGCUGCCAAUCUGAAUGGUACAAGCUUCCAGGGUUACGGGAGGAUCAUAGCUGCGUCGGAUGAAGAUGAAGGAGACCAAGGUGGCGAGAGCGAGAGGGUAGAAGCAGACGAGAAGAGCUUACCCAGCUUGGCGCAGUUGGAGGAUGAGCAAGGAAGUGAGAAAGUCAUUAGCCCGGAUGAAUCAAAUCAGACUCCAGAAACUCCAGACGAUACGCCCUCACGAAGAGGCUCCUUUUUGUCUUCGCCCGGAAGCAGCCGUGCAGCGUCUCGGCUGUCUACAACCAAGCUCCAUCGGCCAGGCGCUCUCCAGCCAUUCGAGCGACGUUUCUCCGCCAGACUCUCGUCCUCUCCGCUCAGUACACCACGCAACGUUUCCCCCGCAUUUCUUGUCUCGCAUUCACGGCAGUCUUCGAUAGGAAGCAUAGUGGCAGCAAACCAAGAGUUUGACACAGUAGAGACUCCCCAGCCUCCAUGGGAGGUUGUAAGAUGGACAAAACUGAAGAGAAUCACUGGACAGUUGUUUUCCGAAGUUGGAAGGCGAAACUAUGGAAGAGCUACCGUGAUAGCGAUUGGCUCAACUAUUGCAAUAGGCACAUCGAAAGGCCUUGCACUAAUAUUCGAUUAUCAUCAGAGCUUAUCGGCGACUAUUGGGCUCGGAACGAAGGCAGUCGAGAGCGGUGCGGUCACGGCGUUGGCUAUAUCGGCGGAUCAUUCCACAAUUGCUACGGGGCAUGCGAAUGGACACAUCUUCACCUGGGAGAUUUCGAGGCCGGCAAAGCCAUUUCUUCACAUUGUCCCCAACGACCGUGAAACUCUAGAUCAGCGCAAAUCUGACGGUCAUGUAUCUGGAACCGCUGUGGUGCAUGUUGGCUUCCUUGGAACACGACAUACAGCCCUUGUCUCAGCAGACGAAGGGGGCAUGGCGUUCUCUCACUUGGCGACGCGAGGUCUCGGUGCCAUAGGCAGAGUUGUCAAGACAACACGAUUACUUGGUCGAUAUCCAGCUCCUGAGAAGCCAGGCUCAGAGAAGCCGCGAAAGCCUAGUUCUGUCCUUGCGUUUUCACCUCUUCCUCUCGGAAACAUAGAACAGCCAACGGACUCUCUAGGCCUAACAGCACUUUUGACACCAUAUCUCCUCGUAAUCGUGUCCACUACCCCCAUCGCAGAGACACAGUUCAAAACGGCUCGUCCCAAAGAAAUUGCUCCACACAGCGCACUUAGCGGCUGCCUUGCCUGGUUUCCCGGCGUCAAGCUAAAACGCCCACUCUCCACGGGAGAAACUGUAUCUAAACCCAAACUAGUGUACUGCUGGUCCAAUAUCCUCACAAUUCUGGAUAUCCACGCGGAAUCUUCCUCUGAAAAAGACAAGCCUGCUUUGCUUAGUUUUCGACCACGAAGCCGCUGGAAGAGUAAUGAAGCCAUUGUUGCAGUGCAAUGGCUCACACGCUCUGUGCUUGGUGUUUUGACCAUUAGCCAGCGAUUGAUCAUCCUUGAGGACCCUGUGCUGCGCGUUACAGACUCUUUCGACCUUCUCUAUAAACACAUCUUCCAUCAAGAUUUGUUUUCGAAGCAAUUGCGGCCAGUUGUAGAGCAGCUGGAUGAAGAAGACACUUCAAUGCAUGGUGUUGUAGCAGACGCGUUUUACAUGAGCUUUCGAGCUUAUAAAGGCAGACUCUUCUUGCUCGGCUUCAACGACGUGUCGAUUGGGACAUUGUCAAAUUGGGCAGACAGAUUGGUCGCAUUGGUAGAAGAGGGUGAUUACAUUAACGCGAUCAGACUGGCAACGACUUAUUAUACUGGCGACGCAGAUAAGAUCUCUGUGGGACUGCCAGAAGAGGACGAGGCGCGACAUGCGAUUGUUCAAGAGAAGCUGCUAGAGAUGAUUUCUGCAUCUCUGAAGUACACUUUUGGCAGACUGGAAGAAAUUGCAGAGGAUGAGAGAAAGCAUAAAGUAAAAGAGCUUGGCGAGGCCACUUUUGCGGCUUGCAUAAGCAUGCACGAAAUGGACUUCCUAUUUGAAGACGUGUAUGAAGCUUUUGAAGAUGCAUCGUACGAACAAGCUUUCUUGGAAGUUCUUGAGCCGUAUGUGUUUGACGAAGACAUCACGUCGAUACCACCAACGGUCCUUCGCAUAUUGAUCAGCACUUACGCUGCCCAAGGACACACGAAACGGCUUGAAGAGAUGAUAUGUCGCCUCGAUACUUCAACAUUGGAUCUUCAUCUGACAACAACUUUGUGCAAGCAACACAAACUGUAUGAUGCACUUAUUUACGUGUGGAACUCUGGGAUAGGAGAUUAUGUCACUCCUCUGAUGGAACUUCUCAGCCUAGUAAAAAUCAUUGACGAGGAACCUGACGCUGCGGAAGACGCUAAGCUUUAUGAUGCGGCAAUGAAGCUGUUCCCGUACCUGGCUUACACUUUGACGAGCCGCAUAUACCCAAAAGGUGAUGAAUUAGACGAAAGGAAAGCGCAUCGUGCUAAAGCUGAGAUGUACGGGGCCGUAUUUGCAGGACACCCUUUGCCUUGGCCGGGCACGCGCAACAUUUUCCGAGCCGAUCCCGAAGGUGAUGCGGAUUCUCCGUACCCCUAUCUAUCACUUAUACUGCGUUUCGAUACAUCGAGUUUCAUGAGCAUGUUGAACGAGGCUUUCGAAGACCCGUUCUUGAACGGCGUCAAUGAUUCGAGUGGGCUAGAUGGACUUGCAUCUGAUGAGGACGACGAUAUCAAUUACAAACUUCUUCCUACACGCCACACAAUCAUAAGCAUCCUGUUGGACGUGCUCGGAUCGAAUCGUUUCGACGAUACUGACAAGAUAUAUCUGGAUAUAUUUCUGGCUCGCAAUCUGCCCAAGUAUCCGCAAUUCAUCGUUCUACCAGGUACCACCUUACGCAACGUUCUCGAAGGGUUGUGUCGAUAUCCCGCCGAUGAAUUAGCAGAAGAUUGUCAGCUCAGUGUUGAAUACUUGCUUUCUUUCUAUCACCCACCCGAUCUGCCGUCACUAAUACCCCUUUUCGAGGAAGCAGGUUUUUACCGCGUGCUUAAAUCUGUGUACAGAGGCUCGAAAGACUUCUCGCGGCUCAUACGCACUUAUUUUGUUGACCCGACUGACCGUGAGCAAGUCUUCGACACUAUUCACGACUGUCUGAAGGCGAGCAGCUCUCUGACACCAAAACAACGCCGCGAAGUAGAAUCAGUCAUUGUGCAGAAUGCGGCGACACUGGCUAGUAUCGACACAGUGAAAACUGCAAGGACGCUGCAAAGUCAUGUACCCGAACUCAUCGAACCAGUACUUAAUGCGUUGGAGGAUGGUUCACAUGCGCAAUUCACGCUGCUAAAGACCAUUCUUGAGCCGGCCACUGCAGAUCCAACGGCGAACCGUCAGGUACCUGAGAAUUACGUACAGUUUGAAGAGCGCUACGUACAGCUUAUGUGUCGAUAUGAUCCCACUCAUGUUGCCGACUACAUCGGGCUCUUGAAGUCAGGUGAUUUGAGGCUAAAUGAGGUCCUGCCAGCUAUGGAAAAGAGUGGCGUCAUUGAUGCGGCUGUUGUUCUCAUGGCUCGUGAUGGCAUGGCCAGAGAAGCGAUGGAACGGCUGAUCAGCCACUUGCACACUCUUGAGUCUGCAUUGACCAGUCUGAUAUCAGCUGUAGCUGACAGUCCUGACGUGUCGAACACCAAUGAAGCCGCAAACGACUUGAUCGAAGCCGUCAAUAAGUACACGAAAGUCGGGAUUUGGCUCUGUCAAGGGCAGACGAAAGCUACAGAUCAUUCAAAGGUGCCAAAAACGCGUGCCGGUCACAAGGAAAGCGAGGAGACUCUUUUGCUCGACGAGCUUCUGUGGUUAGAACUCGUCGAUUCGGUGGUUAUCAUAACCAAAGAAGUUUCUUCGGUGGCGGAAGACGUCGCACCAGAAUCCGUAUUUGAUGUCGCGAAGAUCAAAGAUUCUCUCCGAUCUGCGGUUCAACAAACGUUCAGCGCCCUCCUCACGUCCACGGCUCGGCCCAGCCUUCCCGUUCUCCGACAUCGACGAAACGAGUCUCUACCCCCCUUCCCCAACACACAGCCCCAUCCGACGUUCCUCCGCAUUCUCCGCGCCUUCUUGACGCGCGCAGCAAGAUCUUCGCCAUCCGUAUCAGACCUUCGAGACGUGUUGUCCGAGAUCUUCGCAGCAUAUACGUUUGAGGAGACGCUUCUCAGCCUUGCGAACCAGUUUCUCGACAAAGAUCUGUUCAGCCACGUUGACGAAGCGUGGAAGUUGAGGCAACGAGGCUGGAGGCCGAGGGGGAACGUGUGCGAGCGCUGCAAGCGGCGCGCGUGGGGCCCCGGCGUGGGCGGCGACGUGUAUGAGCUGUGGGACCAAAAACGCAGAGAAGAGGCGGCCGCAGCCACGAGCAGACCCGGCGCCCUGCUCAGCCGAACGGCAAGCGAGCUCAGUCUGAACAGAGGAAAGGGAAAGGCGACUGCGAACAUGGACGACGAAGGCGGCGAGAAGAGCGGCAAAGGACAAGGCGGCGAUCUGGUCGUGUUUGCCUGUCGACAUCUGUGGCAUCGAACGUGCUUGGAAUCGGCUUUGAAUGAGGUGGACGGCGUUCACGGAAGGGCGAGGGAACAGUUGAAGUGCCCUCUGCCACAUGUCCACGCCUGAUGACGGACAUUCGCGACCGGCCUCUCUUUCUCUUUUCUUUUUUUUUUUCUUUUUUGUCAAAGCCUUGUAUCAUAGACAUACCAGGACGAGCACUUCUUUUCGGCAACGCAGCCGACAUAGCUUCUAAUCUUUACGCCGAUAAUUGCGCGA